AGGUGCAACAACAACAAAUUGCCCCCUUCUUCGUAAUAUUUCGUACCAAAGUCCAACUCGUACAAGAAGUUGCUCCCGCGAGUGGGAGAUAUCCGUGACUGUGAGAACACGUCUUUAGUCUUCAUUCCGUGCUCAUACAGUGCAAACCGUACAAAAUGAUAGCAGUUGGAUUAAUAUUUGUGCUUCUUAUUUUAUAUCUCUUGAAGAUAGAUUUCAUCAAGAGGUGUAUGAGAUUUAGAAAAAUCAUUGACUUCUCCUAUAAAUUACCUGGUCCACCACUUGCUGAAUUAGCAAAAAAGGCCCAUAAAGAAAAGGUUUUACCAUGGUUGAUGGAAUGCCGUCAGAAGUAUGGGGAAAGAUUUGUUAUAUGGUUUGGGAAGGAUCUUGUGUUCUUCCUUACACAACCUGAGGACAUUAAAGUCGUGCUGUCAAGCCAAGAAGUUAUAAGUAAGUCCGGUAACUACCGUGUCAUCAAGCCGUGGCUGGGUGAAGGACUACUCACAAGUACUGGAGCCAAAUGGCAGAAGAAUCGAAAACUACUCACACCUGCAUUCCACUUCAAUAUUCUCAAGCAAUUUCAGGUUGUAAUGGAGGAUUGCUCAGAUAUUCUUGUGAGAAAAUUCAGUGAAGUUGCGAAUGUGAAAUCCGUUGAUAUCUACCCAUUUAUCACCCUAUAUGCGCUGGAUGUGAUUUGUGAGACUGCUAUGGGCAUUAAAAAAAAUGCUCAAGAGAAUAGUGAAUCGGAAUAUGUGAGAGCUGUGAAAAAAAUCUGCGAAAUUACUCACAGGCGUUCAUUUUCGAUGGUAUUGCGUAUUCCCUUCUUCUUCAACCUCUCAUCCUAUCGACAAGUUCAGGAUGACACCCUAAAGAUUCUGCACAAUGAAACACGACGUGUGAUCCAGCUGCGACGAAAAGCACUUGAGAAUCUAGAUAUUAAUACGACGGAAAUAUUAAAUGAAGCCAGUUCGAUGCUAGGCAUGAAGAAGAGACUUGCCUUCUUGGAUAUGUUACUUAUUGCUCAACGUGAAGGCAAAGAUCUGUCGGAUGAGCAUAUUCGAGAGGAGGUGGAUACUUUUAUGUUUGAAGGGCACGACACGACUAGUAGUGCUAUUGCUUUUACAAUCUACCUUUUGUCACAUCAUCCAAUGGAACAGCAACUAGCUUAUGAAGAAGCCAAGGAUUACGAAGGAAGGGAAUUGGAAACGAUGAAGUACCUCGAGGCAGUAAUAAAGGAAUCCCUGAGAAUUUAUCCAUCAGUUCCAUUCUAUUCACGCAUGGUGGAGCAAGAAACAAAUGUUGGAGAUUUAGUGGUUCCUCCUGGUGUUACUUUGUCCGUUCAGUCAUAUAUCCUCCACCAUGAUCCUAAAAUCUUCCCCCAGCCAAAUAGCUUUAAACCUGAUCGUUUUAUCGACACAGAAAACAUGCACCCAUAUGCCUAUGUUCCAUUCAGCGCUGGACCAAGGAAUUGUAUUGGACAGAAAUUUGCCAUGUUGGAGAUGAAGAAAACUCUAGCAAAAUUGCUGAGAAAUUUUGAAUUUCUCCCUGCAGAUGAAUACAAACCAAUUCUCUUGGCAGAAUUGAUCCUUAAGAGCGACAAUGGUGUACAAGUGCGAAUAAAAAAGAGAUCUUAAGGAAAAGUGUUCUUCUAAUAAAGGCAACCAAGGUACAACAGAGAAAACAUAUUAGCUGCUGAUAAAAAAAUAUGCAUAUUUUUUACAACAUCACAAAGCAAAGUAUUUAUGAUAUGUUUGCACAUUGAAUUUUUCUAUACACUUUCUAAUGAUUUUCUUUUUAGGAAACAAUUAUAUGGAUUCGACAUGUAAAUGGUUUUUUUUUCACUAUCCAUCUUUAUAUGUUUGAACAUGAAAUUGCCAUAAAGCGAAUUAUUGCUGAAUAUUCUUUAUGUCAAGAUUUCCGGAGAUGUUCUAUACUUUGUAACAAAAAAUAAUUGCAAUAAUAUUUUUUUAUUGGAAUAAAUAUUAUAAAUGAAA